CGUGGUUCUUUCUUUUUGGUUGCUCUGGGGUUAAAAAUUAAAGUAAGAAAUGGGAAGAAGAAAGUCCAAGAGAAAGCCACCGCCAAAGAAGAAGAUGACGGGAGCACUGGACACUCAGUUCACCUGCCCUUUCUGUAAUCACGAGAAAUCCUGUCAAGUCAAGAUGGAUAAAGUGAGAAAUACUGGCCUGAUUGUCUGUCAAGUCUGUCUCGAGGAUUUUCAAACAUCGAUUAACUAUUUAUCGGAACCAGCAGAUGUGUACAGUGAUUGGAUUGAUGCCUGUGAAGCAGCAAACAAUUAAUGAAUAUAAUAAUAUCACCCAAUGACACCCAUACUAAUAAUAGCACACUGCAGUGUGGUCAUUAUGACAUCGUGUACUGUGAUACUUCUUUGAUUGUAUUACUUUGUAUAGUGUACUAACACUGAUAGUGUUAUCCAUUGAUUCAUGUUAACAUAGAAUCAA